AACCACAUUUUCUGGAGAUCUUUCAGUCCGUGAACAACACAUGAUCAGUGCUACAUUAUUUCAGAGAACAGACUGCUUGAAGUGAAGCUGUUUGAUGCUCACUGAGGAGAAAUGGCACAAGGAGGAAUUCAGCUGGACCAAGAAGCACUUUGCUGUUCGAUCUGUCUGGAUCUACUGAAGGACCCAGUGACUAUUCCCUGUGGACACAGUUACUGCAUGAACUGUAUUCGAAAUUUAUGGGACAGACAUUAUCAGACGAGAACUCACAGCUGUCCUCAGUGUCGGCAGACUUUCACAGUGAGGCCUGUCCUGGUGAAAAACACCAUGUUAGCACAUUUAGUGGAGGAGUUGAAGAAUAUUGGACUCCAAGCUGCUCCUGUUGAUCACUGCUACGCUGGACCUGAAGAUGUUUCCUGUGAUUUGUGCACUGGGAGAAAACUAAAAGCCUUCAAGUCCUGUCUGGUGUGUUUGGUCUCUUACUGUGAGAAACACCUCCAGCCUCACUAUGAUGUCGCUCCAUUAAAGAAACACAAGCUGGUGGAGCCCUUAAAGAACCUCCAGCAGAACAUCUGCAGUCAUCACAACGAGGUGAUGAAGAUGUUCUGUCGUACUGAUCAGCAGUGUAUCUGUUAUCUCUGCUCUGUGGAUGAACAUAAAGGUCACGACACGGUGUCAGCUGCUGCACAAAGGACCAAGAGGCAGAGAGAGGUCGAGGUGAGACGACAGCAAAUCCAGGAGAGAAUCCAGAUCAGAGGUGAGGAGGUGAAGGUCGUCCAACGAGAUGUGGAUCCCAUCAGUCACUCUGCUGAUAAAGCGGUGGGGGACAGUGAGAAGAUGUUCACAGGUCUGAUCCAACUCAUUGACAAAAGAUCUGAUGUGAAGCAGCAGAUCAGGUCUCAGCAGAAAAUCGAAACGAGUCGAGUCCAAGAUCUUCAGGAGAAGCUGGAGCAGGAGAUCAGUGAUCUGAGGAGGAAAGAAGCUGAGCUUCAUCAGCUUUCACAAUCAGAGGAUCACAACCAGUUUCUCCAAAAAUACCCCUCACUGACAUGCCUUCCUGAAGAUGCAGACUCACCCAGAAUCCAAACACGUCCUCUGAGGUACUUUGAGGAUGUGACGGCGGCCGUGUCAAAGGUCAAAGUCAAGUUACAGGACAUUGUGAGUGAGGAACAGAUGCAGAUCUCACGUGCACAGACUGAAGUGGAUGUUUUACUGCCAGAAGCAGAACCAAAACUCAGAACUGAUUUCUUCAAAUAUUCAUGUGAAAUCACACUGGAUCCUAAUACAGCAAAGAAAUAUCUGAUAUUAUCUGAAGGAAACAGAAAAAUAAAACCAGUGGAGCAAAAACAGUGUUAUUCUGAUCAUCCAGGUAGAUUUAAUGAUUGGUGGCAGGUCCUGAGCAGAGAGAGUCUGAGUGGACGUUGUUACUGGGAGGUGGAGUGGAACGGGAAGGGAGUUUCUGUUGCAGUUACAUACAAGAAUAUUAAGAGAACAGGAUCCAAGAGACAAUGUGUAUUUGGCAACAAUCAGAUAUCCUGGGCAUUACAUUAUUAUGGCAGUGGUUAUUAUUUCAGAAAUAAGCGUAUCCAGACUCCAGUCUCAGGUCGUCUGUCGUCCAGACUCGGAGUGUAUCUGGAUCACAGUGCAGGUCUUCUGUCCUUCUACAGCGUCUCUAAAACCAUGACUCUCCUCCACAGAGUCCAGACCACAUUCACUCAGCCGCUCCAUGUUGGACUUGCGGUUCAUAAUUUUGGAGACACUGCUGAGAUCUGUGAGCUCAAAUAGAGGAAAUUAUUUUCAGAUCAAGUCUGAUGACACCAAACGAUACAACACUGAAACCAAACACUGACAAUAUUCACACCAAACCAAUACAACACAAUUUUUAUUUUCACCGGUUUUGCCUCAAAAAAAUGCACAAUAAAAUAUAAUGUCAUCUGCUGCAGAUUUAUUUAAGAUGUUUGAUCAUCGUCGUCACAUUGUGGCAUCUGUCAGCUGAGGAGGCAGAAAGUCUACAACAACAAGAUCAGUCUUUUCCUGAUUUACUGUGCGUUUCACAACCAAAGAACACUUAAUGUAAAUGUAUGACGUUACCGAUAGCAACCACUUUAAUCACCAUCCUGGUUUAGUUUUUUCUCUAUUUGUGAGUUUUUGAAUUGCUAGAACCUUAAAUGACAAAGCUAAAGGUUUAACUUCAUCAAAAUGUGUUUGCAUCAUUUUAUUUCUUUUUUCUUUCUUCAGAAGUGUGUGACAUUAUUGUUUCAUUUCACACAUUUACAUUCUUUGUGUGUGUGUUUGUGUGUGUAUGUGAAAUGUGAACAUUUAACAACAGUACAAGAAUGAAUAAAGGUUUUUAAAGUAUUAUUUUGUUUCAUUCAGUUAGUUUCAUCACAUAAAGUUCUAUUUUACAGAAAUAAGAUGAUAUUUCAAUUUGCCCAGACAAUUUCAAUAUCUGUAAGCUCGAUCCGAGCAGAUGCUUUGGAAUACAUAAAAUG